GAGUGAUCUGGGUACGACGUGCUGAGGUUUAUCCUUUUUGUUUCUAUAUUCUUUUUAAUGGCGGAUUGGGAAAGGAACGGCCCAGAGUAGAAGAGAGCACGAGAAGCAUAAAUUUGGCUCUUUUACAACUGAUUGAUCAGUAGCGGAUCGAUCAAUGUUAGGGGAGAGCAGAGCAAGAGCAAGGAUCGAAGAGACAGCCGCGAUCGGCGGCGGCGGUGGGUGUUGGGCUGACGAUAUGAGCCUUAGCGGAUGCAGGGCGAUGGAGAUGGAGUUCGUACGUAGAUUCCACCGGCACGAGCCCCGAGAGAACCAGUGUAGCUCCGCUCUCAUCAAACACAUCAAAGCUCCCAUUCACCUCGUCUGGUCUUUGGUUAGGAGAUUUGAUCAGCCUCAGAAGUACAAGCCCUUUGUGAGCAGAUGUGUGGUUCAGGGAGAGAUGGAGAUUGGAAGCGUCAGACAAGUUAAUGUGAAGUCUGGACUUCCGGCGACCACCAGUACAGAGAGGCUGGAGCUACUAGACGAUGAUGAGCAUGUUUUGAGUAUUAAAAUUGUUGGAGGAGAUCAUCGUCUUAAGAAUUAUUCGUCUGUGAUAACUGUUCACCCCGAGAACAUCGAGGGAAGGCCGGGCACUCUCGUGAUCGAGUCAUUUAUCGUCGAUGUACCCGAAGGCAACACGGAGGAUGAGACAUGCUUCUUCAUUAAGGCACUGAUCAAAUGCAACCUUAAGUCCCUUGCUGAUAUAUCAGAGCGUCUGGCCGCGCAGAGUCGAACCGAGCCCAUCGAGUCGUAUCAAGCUCGAGUUUGAAUCGCUGAGUAGCAUCCAGAGAAAGGGAGAUGAGGCUAUAUGCUUGGUUUCUAAAGUCUUGCGGUUUUGAUUUUGAUGCUGUUAGGCAAUAUAUAAUGUAUUUCUAAGUAACCAUUGCAGAGAGGAAUGUACCUCUUUCUGAAAUAAGGUAGCAGGAUAAAUUUUGAAGAUGAUGAAUUGUAAUUUGCUAAGCGAGGUCUCUUGCUUAAGCAGUUGUGUAUAUGUCUUAACUAUGCGGAACAGUUAGCUCUUAAUCUUUCUGUUAAUCUGUUCAUUUGCUUUUUGUUUUU